CUCCGGGCCGUGCGCGGGGCUGGAUUAUAGGGACCUGUGAUGCCUUGUCAUCUCAUCAUGCACUAAACACAGUCUUAUAGAGCCGCGGGUGGUGGAUCAACGCGUGGUCGGGGGGCCUCCAGGGGUCCUUGAAAGAAUAACAGGCCUCGCUGCUCUGCGCGCAACAGCACCGCCGCGCCGCGGCCCCGAGCAGGAAGUGAAUUUGAAGAAAAUAAGCGACCGUGGAGGUAGAAUGACACUGUAGAGAGGGGGAGAGAGGUGGGAGAGAAGCAGCAAGCGGAGAAAGAAAGAAGAGAAGAGAGAGACCAGCGGAGGGAGGGACCGACCCUGUUUCUGGACCUGGAUACUGAGCUGCUCCCCUCUUGGACACAUAGGGCCUAUUGACUGCACCGCCACAAAAUGCUCAUAAAGGAAUUUCGAGUGAUUCUUCCUAUCUCUGUGGAAGAGUACCAGGUCGGCCAGCUGUACUCUGUGGCCGAGGCCAGUAAGAAUGAGACGGGUGGAGGAGAAGGCGUGGAGGUGCUAAAAAAUGAGCCCUACGAGAAGGAUGGAGAGAAGGGACAGUAUACACACAAAAUUUACCAUUUGCAGAGUAAAGUCCCGACAUUCGUCAGAAUGUUGGCUCCAGCUUCAGCUCUCAACAUCCACGAGAAAGCCUGGAACGCAUACCCGUACUGUCGCACAGUUAUCACUAAUGAGUAUAUGAAAGAUAACUUCCUGAUCAAGAUUGAGACAUGGCACAAACCUGACACGGGACACCUUGAAAAUGUACACGGUUUGGAUGCAGAAACCUGGAAGAAGGUGGACGUAGUCUAUAUUGAUAUCGCGGACAGAAGCCAAGUGGAUUCGAAGGACUACAAGCCAGAGGAGGACCCCUGCAGGUACAAGUCAGUGAAGACAGGACGAGGCCCUUUAGGACCAGACUGGAAGAAGGAACUUCCUAAGAAGACAGACUGCCCACACAUGUGUGCCUACAAACUGGUCACUGUCAAAUUCAAGUGGUGGGGCCUGCAAAAUAAAGUGGAGAACUUCAUUCAAAAGCAAGAGAAGCGUUUGUUCACUAACUUCCACCGUCAGCUGUUCUGCUGGAUCGACAAGUGGAUUGACUUGAACAUGGAGGAUAUUCGUCGCAUGGAGGAGGAGACACGCAAGGAGCUAGACGAGAUGAGAGUGAAGGACCCAGUGAAAGGGAUGGUGGCUCUAGAGGACUGAGGUUGUGUUGGACCGUGAAUGCUGCUGCUAAUCAGACCAGACUACCCAGACACCAGCGGAUUCACAUCCUCCUUCUAUUCCAACUGACACAACAUCUGACCGGCCGGUCCAACCCCCCCCCCUCCCAACUCUGGUUUUCAGGGACCUGGACCCAGUAAACUCCCAGUUUUCAGAUGAUCUCCUCCGCCACAUCCCACCUCCCCUCAAGUCCCAUCCAUAAUUUGUUUUUCCAUCCAGUGUCCCCGUCUUAUUAAGCGCUCUGAGGCCUCCGGUAGCAACACUAUAGAUCUUGUCCUCUCUUUCUCUCUCUCAGUCUCUAAACCGUUCUAAACUACAGAGAAUAGUGUCAUUUAUCUCUGCAAUUUAGGAUUUAUUUCUAUUUAAGAUAUCCCAAUGGUGUAUAUAUACAGUAUACAGUAUAUCGGGGAGCUAAUUGUAUUGAAAUAUAUAAAUAUCUAUAAAUAUAAAUAUAUAUGAACAGGGUUUUUAAAAGGAUUUUGUCUAUAAGUUUGUCUGUGGAUGUUUGUUUUUUUUCCAGACCAAGCUGUAUCUGCUCAGUGUUGAGGUUUGAUCCCGUGAUUAUUUUUUUUGAUUUGUCACAAUACCUCCUACU